GUUGCACUGCAGAUGCUUUACUGAGCGGUCAGUGGUCGGUGGUCAGUGGUUAGUGGUCAGUUGAACCUGACUGUUCCAUUGCUAGAUUCAGAUAUAGCCACCGGUUUUGAAGCUCUACUGCGUUUACAUCGUGUGUGCAGUUCUGUUUUGCUGGGCUCCUCGUGUUCUGCUUGAUUUAUUGAUAUUGAUUUGUGUGCCUUGUAUUUUUUUAAUUUUCCUUGUGUUUCUGAUUGCCAUACUCGCGCAGUGCACUCGAAAAAAACAUAGAAACGUAGACGUAAUCCCUUAUCUGGCAAAAGUCUGGCAAGAGAUCGUGUCGAAGGUGGGUUCGCUGGAAGCGCUUGAAGAUGCCUCUGAAUUGGUUCCUGCUCCUCGGCACUUUGGUGCUCAUCAGCUGCUCCGCCGCGAAAGCAGCCGCCAUAGUGGGUCGAGCCUGCAAUGUGACGGCUACCAUGCCGGGGAUCUGCAGCACCUCCUCCGAUUGUGAGCCCGUGAUCGAUGGCUACAUCAAGUCGGGAGUCCUCACGCUCAACGAUGUGCCCAGCUGUGGCCUCGGCGCCUGGGGUGAGAUCUUCUGCUGUCCCACCAAGCCGUGCUGCGGGAAUAGUACCAUGAGCACCAUGAGCUUCACCACGAGCACAAGAGCACCAGUGGCCAAGGAGGUGCUAACCAGUGGUCGUGUCGAUGUGCCCACGCCAUUUGGAACGGGUGAUCGCCCAGCAGUGGCAGCCUGCAAGAAGAUACGCCAGCGAACACAGCAGAGGAGGGGCAACCAAUUGGUCAUACACAUCGUGGGCGGUUAUCCGGUGGAUCCGGGUGUAUAUCCCCACAUGGCGGCCAUUGGUUACGCCUUCGACAGCGAAUUUCGUUGCGGCGGAUCGCUCAUCGCCAGUCGCUUCGUCCUGACCGCCGCCCAUUGUGUGAACACCGACGCCAAUACGCCGGCCUUUGUCCGCUUGGGUGCUGUGAACAUUGAGAAUCCGGAUCCCACCUACCAGGAUAUCGCCGUUCGAAGCGUUAAAAUCCAUCCGCAAUAUGUGGGGCAUAAGUACAACGAUAUCGCCGUCUUGGAACUGGAGCGUGACGUGGUCGAGACGGAUAACAUACGGCCCGCUUGUCUUCACACGGACUCCACCGAUCCUCCCUCGAACUCCAAGUUCUUUGUCGCCGGUUGGGGCGUCCUCAAUGUAACCACUCGGGCGCGUUCCAAGAUCCUGUUGCGUGCGGGUCUGGAGCUGGUGCCGCUGGAGCAGUGCAACACAUCCUAUGCGGAGCAGCCAGGUUACAUACGGAUGCUGAAAGCGGGCGUCAUCGAUUCCUUGGUGUGCGCCAUCGAUCAAAGGCUUAUUGCCGACGCCUGCAAGGGCGACUCUGGUGGACCGCUCAUCCACGACCUGACCGCGGAGGACGGCAUGUACACCAUCAUGGGCGUCAUCUCGUCGGGAUUUGGAUGCGCCACCGUCACCCCGGGCCUCUAUACCCGUGUCUCCUCCUUUCUGGACUUUAUCGAGGGCAUCGUCUGGCCGGACAAUCGUGUGUAAAGAGUUAGCAAGUUCUUUGUUUUUUGUAUAAUAUAUUAUUUCUAUAUGGGAUCAGCUCGAUCCACAAAAUUGGCAUACACUCCUCUGUGAUCUCUACGAGCUUCGCGAUCCAAUCGAUUUAAUACCAAUAAAGUAGAUACGUUUUAAGAUAGAAGAA